UUGUACUAAGGCUGGACAAGGCAACCCAGUUUGAGGAGUAGCUUCCCAGCCAGCCAAAGCUUUAGGGACAGCCCAUGCUCCCAUUGUUAGGAGUCCUGCAAGGAGACCAAGCUACACAAUUGUGACAUCUACCCAGCUGACUGUCUGCAGGUCUGACAAGUGGCGCCCAGUGAGGGGGUGGGUACGGAGGAGUCCGUGACAGACACCACAGAAAGAAAAGGAGUGCACUUGAAAAAAGUGGAAGCUGUGCUGAGUUAACUUGAGAGUAAAAGUAAUAAGUGUAAAUAAAAAAGCAGACGUGCACGGUAAAAAAAAAAAAAAUCGUGAGCAAAUGUAAAAAUAAGUAUGGGCCAAGGAAAUAGAAAACAGCUGCUUGUACAUUUACUUAAAAAUAUCUUAAAGGCUAGAGGUACUAAAGUAGGACAUAAGCAGUUGUGUAAAUGUUUAGAAUUUGUAGAAGGAAUUGGAGUUAAGAUACAGCAGUAUUAUGAUAAGCAUUGCCCAGAAAAACUUACAACAGAUAUUUUCAGUCUCUGGACACUCAUUCAGGACAACUUAGACCUUCGUCUUGAAAGGCAUAAAGUAUUUCCUGAACGAAGUAAAACUGAAACUAAACAUUCUGCUCUGUCAGAGAGACAGCUUUAAGCGGAUGCUUUUUACAAAGUUAUUUGAUGAUAAUGACCAGUUAGAUUUUGACAAUGAGGCAGAAUUAGAGGAAGAGGCUGCUAAGUAUUAUAAUGAAGAUUCUCUCACACCUCAAGAUUCUCCCCCACCUCCAUUCCUGGCUAUGACUGGUUCAUCUGGAGAGAAUAAGUGGGUCGUGACCUCAAACCCUUAGCCCAAUGUCUCACUUUCAGAUCUAUUCACUGCAGCUGGUAAAUGUAAAUGUGAGCACUCUUUGUCUUGGUCUGUGUUCUGUUACUAUGUUACUGUUCUGUUCCGUGUUUAAGAGGACUGGAUCCCCCCCCCCCCACCCCCCCACCCCGACUGAACUGAUAUAAGCAGGUAGCUCCUGCCAGGUGUGGCUUAUGUACUGCAAGAGAAGUCAUCUGUUAGACGGGACUCGUUAACAGCGAGUGAGGCCAUUGUCUCAGUGCUGAUGUACCGGGACUUACAUCUACGUUAGUGGUAAACUUUGCAAUUUAAGAGUCUCCCAGAUGAUAAUGGGUCUUAAAGACAUGAAGUGAUGAUGGGAAACAGCCGAGGGUUAUGAAUCUGAACAGUUUUGCCAGGUGAUGGCCAGAGAAGCAGAAGCCACUGGAAAAUGGAAUAGGCUUCAUUCUAGAAGGUAUUUUGGAAAGGAACCAAAUGUAAUAAUGUUCCAUUUACUAAACAACGAACUGAUUGACUAUUUCAAAAUAAUGAUUCUCGGGCAAUUUCUUUUGCUCAAUUUUUGCAUCAAAUUGAUAAUCAUUAUCCUGCUGAUCAAUUAUUACAGUUUACUCAGAUGCAUUCUUUUACUUUUCCUAAAGUAUUAAUACAUACUCCAGUGAAAGAUGCUGCUUUGGUUUUUACUGAUGGUUCUUCUAUUGGGAAAGCAGCUUAUUAAUGGUGAUUAAUGGUGAAGGUAUGUAGUUCAAACUACUCCUGAUUCAGCUCAAGUUGUUGAGUUGAGCUGCUGGUUUUUCAAGUUCUUCAAAAAGAUAAUUUAUUUAAUUAUAUACAGAUAGUUAAUAUAUUUAUAAAGCUUUUCAAGUUAUAGAAACUUUCUUAUAUUAAAACUAUUAAUGAGCAAUUAAGAAUGUUACUUCAACAAAUUCAGGAUACCAUUCAUUUAAAAAAAUUGCCAUGUUUUAUGGGACAUAUUAGAGCACAUUCAAAUCUUCCUGGUCCAUUGGCUGAAGGUAAUGCUUUAGCUGAUAAAUUUAUUCAGUUGAUCACUUUAUCUGAAGUUGAGCUUGCUCAGUGAUCACAUGGCUUGCAUCAUCAGAAUAGUAUAAGCUUAAGAAAAUAAUUUGGUUUAACAAGAGAAACUGCUUGCCAAAUAGUUAAGAAAUGUGCUACAUGUCCUCAAUAUUUAACUAUACCACAUUUUGGAGUAAAUCCUUGCUGCAGGCCACAGGAAUAUAUCAUAAGAACUCAGCUGGUUAUGGCAAAGUCACUACCUGGAGGGAUCAGGGAAUUCCUCUAGAGGAAGCCAAAUUCCAAGGAGUUUUUGGUGUUAUUUGGCUUGUUAUAUAUCAGCUGUCUUCUGUUAUGAAAAUCAUGUGUGCCUUCAUAGUUUUCCCGAUUGACUUUCCCUAAGAAGGGCUAACAGUGUGGACUGUUCACUCUCUGGACAUACACAUUCCAGGUAUUUGGAGAACAGCCUCAGGAAAGGCUUUCUCUGGAAUCAGAUAUCUCCCUUAGCCACUUUCAAGGACUAACAGUGAUAACAGCACACAUGCAAGUCUCCUGAUUUAAGAUAAAUUCCACAAGGAGACACCGCCUAGGUCAGGUGGAUGUUAAAUAAUAGCUUUACACAGUUUAGCUCAGAUCCUCCUUUUUUUUUUUUUUUUCCCCCAAGACAGGGUUUCUCUGUGUAGCUUUGCACCUUUCCUGGAACUCACUUGGUAGCCCAGGCUGGCCUCAAAUUCACAGAGAUCCUUCUGGCUCUGCCUCCCGAGUGCUGGGAUUAAAGGUGUGUGCCACCACCGUCCGGCCUGAUCCUCCUUUCUUAUACAACCUUACUAAUAGACCCCUAACUUCUUUCCUAACCACUUCUAGGAAUGAACACUGAGCACGUAGAUCCCCUUUUUGAUAUGCUAACUGGUCAUUAGCACUCAGUUGACCUCCUCUUUUAUAACUCCCAUUUUGGAUUGUAAAAGAAAGCCUGGUGGUCACUGCCUGAGGAAAAAUUCUUGCCUGCCUUUAUGACCCUGUAGAAUUCAAGCCUGGUGACCUUGCUCAACCAGGGGCUUGAUAUAACUGGAUUCCAGGAAGACUUAAGUAGAACGUGGAGAACGGAGGAUGGAGAAGAGAAAAGAGAAUGGAAGAACUCGAUGGGUAAGAACUUGAGAGGAACAAACUGAGAUGGGAAGAACUAGAUUAAAGGGCUAGAAGAGAGUACUAGAGGAAAGAGAUGGAAAGUGAGGAAGAGCCAGAUGGGGAAGAACAAGAUGAGGAAGAACAAGAUGAGAGAGAAGGAGAUGGAUGGGAGAGGAGCUGAUAUGGGAAAGAACUAGAUGGAUGAGAACCUAGAAGGUACAGAACUAGAUGAAGGAAUUAAGAUAGAACCUGGAGGGGACAACAGAUAAAUGUAAAGAGAAAUUGGGCAAGAAAGGAGCUAAAAAUGAGAGCAGAGUAUAAGCUUGUAGAGAGAAAACUGACAGAAUAAUAAAUGUAUUGACUAAGGAAUUUUGUGUACAUAGAUUAAUUUCUUUUCAUCAAAGAUUAAUUAUCAGCUGAUUGUAGAUUCUUCCCGGACCCUGGGAGGGGACUACGGAGACCACCAUAGUCCCCGAUAAAUCCUCAAGGUCUUCUUCCUAAUUAUGGCAAGUGGAUGUUACUCAUAUUAAAAAAAAUUUGAAAUAUGUGCAUGUGACAAUUGACACUUAUCAGGAUUUUUAAUGGCUACUGCUUAAACUGGUGAGGCUACUAAGUAUGUAAUUGCUCAUUGCCUGAAAUGCUUCUCCUAUAUGAGGAUACCAAAAGUUAUUAAAACUGAUAAUAGAUAUGGAUAUGUUAAUAAAGCUUUUUAUCAAUUUUGCUUUCAAUGGCAAAUUGAAUAUAAAACAGGCAUUCCUUAUAAUCCUCAAGGACACGGUAUUGUUGAGAGAGCUCACAGCAGCCUCAAAAUACAUCUUCAAAAAUUAAAGAAGGGGGAGUUAUACCCCCAGUCACCACAUAAUGCUUUAAAUCAUGCCUUACUUAUUUAAAAUUUUUAAAUGUGGAGGCUGCUGGAAAAUCUGCAGCUGAUUGAUUUUGGCAUGAAGGCACCACCACAGAAUUUGCUCAAGUCAAAUGGAAAGAUCCUUGUACUGUUUUAUGGAAGGACCCUGACCCUGUUUAAUAUGGGGACAAGGGCAUGUUUAUGUUUUCUCACAGGAUGAAAAUGAAACUCGUUGGUUGCCUGAAAGAUUGGUGUGGUGUAUGGAGGAGAGAGAUGCUGAUCCUGAUGUUGCUGAUGACCAUCCAGAGAUGCCAGAGUGAAACCUAUUGGGCCUAUGUUCCUGAUCCACCAAUUUUACAUCCUGCAACUUGGGAAGGAAAAGAAAUUGUGGUUGCAGUUAAUGACACCAGGCUUUUAGACCAACCUGCCACCUAAGAGUUCCAGAUUGCUCACAAUUUUCUUAUUUUGGAUAUUGGUAAAGGAAUUCCUGUAUGUUUUGCAAAAAAAUUUUACUUUGGAGGGAUGUCUUGGAUUGCUUCCUCAAGGUAAUUGGAUAAGUAAUAGUUCACCCCCUCAAUAAUUUCCUCCAUGCAUAAAAGAAUUGCAAGAGUCUAACAGAACUUUGUUAUGGAGAUGAUGUACUGACAUUAUUCCUUUAAAGUAUAACAUCACAUGGACACAGCAGUAUAUUCUUGAUUGGUCUGGAAAUCAGAAAGAUUAUAGUGACUCUUAUCCUGUGUCUAUAGCAGAAUCUUGGGACCAAGGAAUGUCAGCUGGAAUUUGAUAUUCCAAUACUGGAUCUCCACAAACUUAUGUUUGGAAACUUGCUGCUGCCAUGGGAACAGUUGCAGGACAUUCCAGUCGUUUAAAACCUGUUUGUCCUUUGAAAGGAACUGUUUUAGCCUGUGUUAAAAUGCUCUAUAUUCUUUUAGUUCGUGAAGCAAAUAUUUGUAUGAAUGGUUCUGUGUUUAAAGUAUCAUGUCUUAAAUGCAUUUUGACCAGUUGUAUUCCCAAAAUGGAUAAUCACGUUCAUAUAAUAGUGUUAAAACAACCUUCUUUUGUUAUAUUGCCAGUAUAUAUGAAUGAUCCAUGGUUUGAUGAUAAAGGGCUACAAGUAAUUGAAGAAAUUAAGAAAGCUUUAAGCAGGCAGAAACGUGUUGCUGGAUUAGUUAUAGCAGGAAUUGCAGCUCUUGUUACUAUGCUUGUUACUACUAUGGUGGCUUCAGUGACUUUGUCUCAUUUCAUUCAGACAGCAGGGUUUGUUAAUCAAUUGUCUAUGAAUGUCUCUAUGACAUUAGAGAUUCAAGAAGAUAUUGAUGUAAAAUUGGAACAUAAAUUGAAUGUUUUAUAUAAUAUGGUACAAUUUUUGGGAGAUGAACUCCAAAGUCUGAAAGCUAGAGUGCAUUUGAAAUGUCAUGCUAAUUAUGAAUGGAUUUGUGUUACAUCUUCUAUGUAUUUCAUGUAUAAUGAAAGUGCUAUUGGAUGGGAAAGGGUUAAGGUACAUCUUAAAGGAAUUUGGCAUGAUUCUAAUGAAUCCUUAGAUUUGGCUAAAUUACAUCAAGAGAUAUUAGAAAUGAGAAAGGCUAAAUUGGAUUUUGAUGCAGCUAAAACAGCAGAAGAUAUUUUAGAACAAUUUAAAGGGGCAAUCCCAUCAUGGUCAUCAUUUACUUUGCUCUUAAGUAGUGUUGUAGCUAUUGGAGCAUGUGUCUUAGUGGGCAUAGUCUGUUUGCCUAUGAUUCUCAAGCUGAUUUUGAACUCGUUAUGGAGAUUGGGCUCGGAACUCCACAGAGUAAAACUCCGCACAUUCCUCUGACUUGACACCAGAGGCUGGUAGCCAAAGACGGGUAAGUUUUCUUUGCCUCCUUUCAGCCUAAGACAGGAUGUGAGUGAUAGAAUUUAUGCUCCCAUGACGGGUAAGAUUGGAGUGUGAUAAGGAAACACCUAAGACAGGCACAGUCAUCUGAGAGACUCAGUGGAGUCUUAAAAUAAAUAAAAAAGGAAUUGUGGGAGCCCACAACUGACUCAGUUUCUCAGUUUGAAUCUGACGUCUGUUGUGAGUCAAUAGAGUUCAAGCUUGUUUGCUCCAAGGCUGUGAGAAAGUUCUGAUUAGCCCAGAGUCUCCUUGAAGGGCUAUGAGAAAGUCCUGAUUAGCCCACAAGAAGGAACACACUAUCUAGCUAGAUUCAGGCUGCUGGUGCCAGCCAGAGGUACAUUGAGAUAGAAAAGAAACUGCCUGCUCCUUGACGCAAGGCAGGAUAGAUAGUUGCUGAAUGCCUGUGUUGUGCAUUGUUCUACCUCUGUCCUUAAAAACUGUAUAUAAGCUGGCUGUGAAAUAAACUCGGGGCUGUCUGGCAUUGACCGGCAGACCUCUUGACUCUU